GCGAUCCCAUCAAUUGACCGCCCGUCGCCAGGAGUUAGUGUGGCGCGUCUCAGUAGCCCCGACCCCAGCUCAGGAGGCCUUCGUGCAUUUUAGUUUCCUUCCGUCUUUCUUUCACUGUAUCCUCCGUGCCAUCACGACACUGGCGCGAAGCAACAUCCCAUCGCUAGAGCUUGCUCUUCCCUGUCUUUGACACUCGGCCGCGACAGCAAAAGCGCCCCGGCCAACGCGAGGUCGCGUAGCAUUUACUCUGAAGAAGCUUAAGACGACGGUACUGCUCGACUUGGCCAGUUUUCGAGAGGUGCGCAACGCAUCAAGCAGGCGACAGGGACCGACUUUUCGAGGCGACCAAUUGCGAGCGACUUGGAGCUGAACUUUUGCCUCGACACCAUCACACACACACACACACACACACAUCGCGAAGAUGUUCUUCCUCAAGAACAUGGAGCGCAGGGUCACCCUGCACCCUUCGUACUUUGGGCGCAACAUGCACGACUUGGUUACGAGCAAGCUACUGAAGGAUGUCGAGGGCACCUUUGCCGGAAGCUACUACGUCAUCUCCAUCAUGGACACGUUUGAUAUCUCCGAGGGAAAGAUUUUGCCUGGUAGUGGUCUCGCCGAGUUCAACGUCGGGUACCGUGCGGUCGUGUGGAGGCCCUUCAAGGGCGAGACGGUUGAUGCCGUUGUCUACUCCGUCAACCAUCAGGGCUUCUUUGCUCAGGCUGGUCCUCUGCGACUCUUCGUGUCUGCUCACUUGAUUCCUUCGGAAAUCAAGUGGGAUCCCAACGCGACGCCGCCACAGUUCACGGACAACGAUGACACCAUCAUCGAGCCCGGAACGCACGUGCGCGUCAAGGUUAUCGGUACUCGUGCCGAAGUCAGCGAGAUGUGGGCCAUUGGUAGUAUCAAGGAGGAUUACCUUGGCUGCCUUCAGGAUUAAGUGAUACCCCCCUCUGGGGCUACUGCUGCGAGAGCGGUGGGGCCUCGAUGGAGAGCGAGUACAAGGGCAAAAGCGAGCGUGAACCCAGAAGUCGGCCGUCCUCUGUGGUGAGGGACGGCGAUAUACAGACGAAAAUGGCUGCCGCUUCUCAACACCGUGAUCAGGGACUCGAUUGCGGCAGCCAGGCGGAGCGACCGAGAAUCACCGAUUGGGCAAUCCGGGCUCUGCCGAGCAACAAGUGUUGUGCUUUACUUGUGAGUACGUGAUCGCUGUUUCCAGCAGUGAAGACGACUGCCAGCAGCCUACACGAGCAUCGAUGCCGAAGACAGAGGGAGAGAGAGAGAAGGGGAGAAAGGAAGGGAGAAAGAAAGAAAGAAAGAAAGACACAAAAUCGAGUUCGUCAGAUGAACAGGGAGCAAUCCAACUUCCUUGGAUGUGGCAUUUGGUGCAGAACACUUGAUGGUCUAUCCAGGUGUAUUUUCUGCCAGGGAUUACAUAUAUGCAGGCGCGGUAUAUGGUCUGGUGGACGUGACGGCCGAAUAAACUUGGUUGCGAGACUCCACCCAAUUCUUCAUGCACGUCUCCCUCACAAGUCUUCAGACUUUGGUAUUACAUAGUGUUACACGAGCGACACGGACAGUGCUGUUGUUAUGCCUUGGUCUGCUCGAUCUCGUCCAUCUUGGCCUCGACAUCCGCUGGAUCGAAGCGGUGCAUGAGCUUGAGGGCCUUUGUGACCAAUUUGGGGUCCUCGUCUGGGGCACCCGACUUGGCAAAGUGAAUCUAAGGAAUCAUCCAGCCUCUCAUUCAGACCCAACGCAGGAGGACUGGGAGACCUACCACGGGCACGUCAAAGUCGUACAAGUCCUUCCAAGGUUUUGCCUCGGGAGUCGUAAUCUUGACCUCGUGGAAGUCAAAGGGCCGGCGGUCCCAAACGUUUGAGAGGGCCGACUUGGCUCUUACGCAGAGACCGCAGCCGUCCCGGGUGAAGAGUGUGAUGCGGCAGGGAUGGAGUAGGCGAGCUGUCGGAAACAUGGCGCACUUGAUUCUA